CGCUGAGCCGGCCGAGCCCGGCCGAGCCCCGGGGCGGCGGCGGCGGCGGCGCCGGGGCCAUGCCAUGCCCGUAGGGAGAGAUGCCUUUGGGAAAUGGAGACACUGGAUCACAGCGCAAACAUGGCGCCCCCGCGGCGCGGCUGCCGCUGCCGGGCUGGUGCCUGCUCUGCUCGCUGCUGUGCGGGGGCAUCGCGGCCGGCCCGGACCCCGCAUGCCGGCCCUGCGCCCCGGGCUGUGCCUGCGCCGCGCCCGCCUGUGCCGUCAACUGCUCGGCCCGCGGCGUGGAGCGCCCGGGGCCCGCCGUGCCCGCCGCCGCCACCGCGCUGGAUCUUUCCAACAACAAGAUCAGUGGUUUAGAUGUUCAGCUGUUCAGAAGCCUGACUUCGCUGGCAAAGCUAGAUAUAAGCCACAACCAGAUUUCUACAUUAGAAGAUGGAAUAUUUGAUAAUUUAUUUAAUUUAAGUGAAAUAAACUUAAGUUGGAAUCCAUUUGUUUGUGACUGCAAACUGUCCUGGUUGCCCCGCUGGGUGGAAGACAGAAAAGUGAGAGUUCUUGAGGCGUCAGACACGAGAUGUGCCCACCCCCCCGAGGUGGCAAACCUGUCCCUCUUCGACGUCCCGUUCCCCAAUGCCACCUGUGGAGCUCAGUAUAUCACGUGUCUGACAAGCAACCACACGGAAGGGGCUGAACUUGUCGUGCUCUUCACGUCUGUCCACGCCGGGAACCUCAGCGAGGAGACCUGCAGUGCCCUGUGCUACGCCCAAGACCAGGAAUAUGGAGGUUUCAGCUCCCUGGGGCAAUGUCUGUGUGGAACUGCCCAUGAAACAAACUCUUCCUCUGGCUGUUUGCCAUUUUGCACUGAGCAUUUGUCCGGGCAGGGCUGUGGUGGCCCGUCACUCGUCCCCUCGCCCUUCCAGGCCCAGCUGCCUGUGUCUUUCACAGGACUCCAGCCCCGCUACAGCCUGCACCAGGCCGUGCUCUUCAAUGUCAGUAUUCCCAUCGCUGUCAGCACUUUACUGUGGGAAUUUGGGGACCAGACAGAGGUUCUCAACACCACUGGAAACGCAGCUGUGCACACGUACGCCUUGCCCGGGCGGUACAACGUCACCGCCACCAUCCUGGUGGGCACCAAGGUCUUGUAUGAGCAGGCAGAGGUUGAGGUGGUGGCUUCACCCCAACAGCUGGAACUGCAGUGUCCUUCCUUGGUCAAGACGAACGAGAGUCUGGACAUCCGGAUCCGCAACAGAGGCGGCACCGGCCUCGUGGUGCUGUACGGGAUCACCCAGGCCGGAGAGCCGGGCAGGGCAGUUCACCCCAUGUGCCCCUCUGAUGGCUUGGUGUUCCCGGGCAAUAACCACUGCUAUCAGCUGGUGGUGGAGAAGGCGGAGUGGCUGGAGGCCCAGCGGCACUGCCAGGAGCACGGCAACGGAGAGCUGGCCUUUGUCAGCAGCCCCGAGAUCCAGAGCUUCCUGGUUGCUCAUGUCAUCAGGAGCCUCGAUGUCUGGAUUGGAUUCAAUGAUUUUGCAAGCUCUGGAGCGCAGCAAAGAGGGGAAGGAUUUAAUCUGGAGAGCUGUCAGAACUGGCUGCCAGGAGAACCCCAUCCCUCCAACGCUGACCACUGCGUCCGGAUGGGCCCGACGGGCCAGUGCAACACCGACCUGUGCAUGGCCAAGCACAGCUACGUCUGCGAGUACAAGCCUAAAGGAGUUCUCCUAAAUGCCGAAAACUUCUUUGAGGGCGACGCCGUGUUUGACUCAGCCGAGGCCGUGAGGAACGUGACUGGAGCUGUGCUGUCAGAUCCAUGGCAGGCUGAGGAGGUGAUGGAGUUCCCUGAGCUGGCAUUCAGGCACGAGGGGUAUCUGACUGCCCUGGAGUUCGUGACGCAGGAUCUGCCUCAGCCUGUCCAAGUGAGGUUCCAGGUGCACAGACCGAUGGAUGGUGAAGACCACCAGGAGGGAAACAAUGCUACAGAACCGUUCCACCCAGCUCAGGAUGACGGGAACUGGACGCUGCUGGAAUGUCCUCCUGGUUUCCAGUGGUGUCAUUUGACUGAUCUGUGCUCGUCCCACAACAACUGCUGCAACGCCACCGAGUGUGCCAGCAAUGGUUCCUCUGCCAGCAGCCCUGCCCCCGGGUCCCUGCAGCCCAACCACAGCCAGCUCAGCUAUCAACUCACCCAGGAAUUUCUCUUUACAGUACCAGCUGGCCCCCCUUCCCAGUAUCAGGUCUCAUUCAGAGAAGAAAAUAUCUUUGUCAGGGCUGGGGAUGUCUUCAGCAUCCAGCACAAUGCAGUCUCGGGCUCCUUCCUGCAGUGCCAGCCCAGUGCCACGUCCCCGUCCAGAGCCAGCAUCCUCCGUGGGAACUCCUCCGCGUGGGCGCUGGGCCUGCCCGAAGGCUCCGUGGAUCCCCCCUGGGUGAACAGCUCCGUGUGCUCCCUGCGUGUCCGCUAUGCCGAGGAGCAGCUGGUGCCGCUGCUCAGCCCCCACAACGCGGGGCUGGACCAUCCCGGCCUCUACUCGGUCAGAGCCAGCGUGGACAACGGGGCCUUCGGCGCCAACCUGUCCUGCAGCUUCUGGGUGGCCUCACGGGUGUCGGGCCUGCGUGUCAUCCACCCCGCUCCCCAGGGCAGCAGGGUCUACCUGCCCACCAACCACACCACCCUGGUGCUCAAACUGUCCUCGGGGGCGAACGCCACAGCCACCUGGCUGGGGGACAACCGCACCGUGCCCUUCACGGGGGCCUGCCCGGCGGCCGUGGCCGCGCUCACGGCGCAGUGUGCCAGGGAGAACAACGACACCUGGUUUGCUGUGGUGCAGCUGAGCGGCCUCAGGGAGGGGCUCAGCACCCACGUGCUGGUGGCGGAGAACGCCGUGAGCUCCCAGAACAUCACGGUCACGGUGAAGGUGGAGGAGCCGAUCCGCGGGCUGAGGGCCACCCCGGACCCCGAGAGCAGGGUCCUGCUGAACACACGGGUGAGCUACAUCCCUGUGAUGGAGGCUGGGUCAGAUGUGACUUUCCGAUGGACAGUAGAUGAUAAGCCAUCUUUCACUUUUUACAAUGUUGUCUUCAACGUUAUCUACCAAAGCCCAGCCGUGUACAAGCUUUCGCUCACCGCCUCCAACCACGUCAGUAACUUCACGGUCAAUUACAAUGUCACGGUGGAGAUGAUGAAUAAGAUGAAGAACCUGACGGUGCUGGGUGUCCUGCCCGUCCUGCCCCAGAACAGCACGGUGGAGCUCACGGCGAGGGUCCACGUUGAUUCGGCUGUGGAGGCUCUGUUCCUGUGGGAUUUUGGAGAUGGUGUCCAGGAGACAUACCUGUUCAAACCUCCCUAUAACAAGUCUUUCCUUGUUCCUGAUCCCAAUGUCCAUGAGGUUGUCAUUGAGCACAAUGUUUCACACAUCUACCAAGACCCAGGAGAAUAUGCCCUGAUGGUUGUCGUGUCCAACCAGUUCGAAAACCUCACGCACUUGACCCCAGUUCACAUCCACAGUUACCUGGUGGAUGUGAAGGUGGAAGCAGAGGAGGAAGUUUUAGUCGUGAGGCGCCCGGUGACCUUCCGAGCCCGUGCACUGCCGUCCCCCUAUGGCGUCGUGUACACCUGGGACUUCGGGGACGGGUCCCCCCUGCUCACAGAGAUCCAGCCUACAGUGACCUACAGCUACGCCCAGAGAGGGGUGUACAACGUCACCGUGACAGCCAACAACACCGUGAGCAGCGUGGAGACGGUGGAGUGCUACCAGGUGUUCGAAGAGAUCUCUGGGCUCCGAGUUUCCGCGGGCGAGGCGGCAGAGCUGGGAGCGCCUGUCACCAUCAACGCCUCCGUGCAGACCGGGGACAGCAUCACCUGGGUGUUCGACCUGGGGGAUGGCACGGUGCUGAGGACUCAGGAGCCGGUGGUAGAACACGUGUACAUAAAGGACAUCAACUGCACCGUGAACGUGACGGCUGUGAAUCCUGUGAACUCCGUCUCCCAGACCGUCCCUGUUCGGAUAUUUGUCCUGGAGGUGCUCAAGAUAGAGCCAACUUCGUGCAUCCCGGAGCACCCGGACGUGCAGCUCACCGCCUACGUGACAGGGAAUCCCGAGGAGUACAUCUUCGACUGGACUUUCGGAGAUGGCUCAUCCAACGUCACAGUCAGUGGGGACCCUGGGGUGACGCACAACUUCACCCGGAGCGGGACUUUCCUGCUGUCCCUGACUCUCUCCAGCAGGUUUAACAAGGCUCACUAUUUCACCAGCGUGUGUGUGGAGCCGGAGAUAGUCAACGUCACCCUCCUCCCUUCCAAGCAGUUCGUGAGGCUUGGGGAAGAGAGCACCUUCCAGGUCAGUGCCGUGCCCCCCUACCAGUAUCGUUACCGCUGGGAUUUCGGCAACAACGAGUCCGCCAGGUCGAGUGGGACUGAGGUGACCUACACCUACAAGAACACAGGGGUCUUCCUGGUCACAGUGACCGUCUCCAACAACGUCUCUUUCAACAAUGACACAGCGUUUGUGGAAGUCCAGGAACCAGUUGGGGUAGCGAAGAUUGAAUAUAACGGGACAAAUGUUUUGGAGCUGAACCAGAUCUACCUGUUCUCUGCCAGCAUGAAUGGAACCAAAGUGAGUUACUGCUGGGACUUUGGAGAUGGCACUACCCAGCCUGGGCAAGUCGCCACCCACUCCUACAACAGCACGGGCCACUACAGCAUUACUGUGAUGGGCCAGAACGACGUGAGCUCUAACGAGACCACCAUCGACGUCACCGUGAAACGCCGGCUCUUUGGCCUGACCAUCAAUGCCGGCAGGACAGUGGUGCCGCUGAACGGGUCGGUGAGUUUCGUAGCCACCCUUGUGGCUGGCACUGCCAUCCGCUACUCGUGGAUCCUCUGCGACCGGUGCACCCCUAUCCAAGGCUCCUCCACGAUUUCCUACACUUUCCGGUCCGUGGGCACGUUCAACGUCAUUGUGACAGCGGAGAACAAGAUCAGCUCGUUGCAGGACAGCAUCUACGUCUACGUCCUGGAGCAGAUUGAGGGCCUGCAGGUGGCCAGCGGUGACCUGGUGGAGGACAUGUAUUUCCCAACAAACAAAACGCUCCAUCUGCAGGCCGUGGUGAGAGAGGGAACGAACAUCUCCUACAGCUGGGUGGUGCACCGGGAUGGCAGUGCUGUGCAAACCUCCACUGGGAAAACCUUCUCCUUCAGCGUCCCCGAAGCUGGGAACUACACUGUCUAUCUGAAGGCCACCAAUAUGCUGGGAUGUGCCACCGUUAACAGGACACUGGAGUUUGUUGAAAGCCUCGGUCUCCUAAAGCCCUACGCCUUCCCCAACCCAGCUGCUAUUAAUGCCUCUGUUAACAUAAGUGCCACCAUAACCAGUGGCACUGGCAUCACGUACGUGUGGUACCUCGAGGAUGGCUCCUCUCCUGUUACUUCUGAACCCUUCAUUAUACACUCCUUCCAAAGCCCUGGGGUGAUGGAGGUCGUCGUCGGAGCAGAAAACAAGCUGAAUUCAACCAAUUCAACAAUUUCUGUCUAUAUAGAGGAGGUUAUAGAGGGGCUGAGUAUAGGGACAGCAGAGCUGGACUGCAGGUACGUCUCAUCAGGCUCCACCGUGGUCUUUGAGGGGGAGCUGCAGAAAGGAACUGAAGUGACCUGGCUUUGGGAGGUUCCCAAUGGCACCUUGACUGGCCAGUCUGUGGCAGUCACGUUCCCCACAGCAGGGCUCUACACAGUCCAUCUGAACGCGUCCAACGACAUCAGCUGGGCUCUGGCCAGCAGGAAUAUCUCAGUGCUGGACAGGAUCCAAGGUCUGGAAUUUCUCGCCAGCAAGAAGGUGGUGGAGCCAGGGGAACAGGUCACCUUUGUGAUCAGGAUGUUGUCAGGCACCUCUGUGAGUUACCUGGUGAGCAUAAGUGGGGACUACUCCGUGGUGCUCAACGGGUCCCGGUACACCCACGAGUUCACCAAGAGCGGCGAUUAUUUGGUGACUGUGACCGUGCAGAACCAGAUCAGCAUCGCCCACGCCCAGGUGCUUAUCUCUGUCCUGGAGGCCAUCCGGGAUGUCAGGCUCCUGAACUGCUGCGAGGAGGGCAUCCCCACGGGCACGGAGAAGAGCUUCAGCGCCCGUGUGGGGAGCGGCUCCCGUGUGUCCUUCUCCUGGCGCUUCUCCCUCUGGAAAGAGCAAAGUCGGUCCGUGGUCACUGUGUCAGGAGAGAGUGUUUCCUACACUCCAGAAGCUGCAGGGCUGCUUGAGAUUCACCUCAGUGCCUUCAAUGACUUGGGAAGUGUCAAUAUCACCAGAACAAUCCAGGUCCAAGACCCGAUAGUCCAGGUCUCCCUCUCUGCCUCCAACGCCUUUGUCAACAGGACGGCACUGUUUGAAGCCACGGUGGUGCCCAGCAGCAGGAGCGUUGAGUUCUUGUGGAGCUUUGGGGAUGGUUCUUCCGCUCAAACAACCAGGGUUGCAGUGGCCAACUAUUCCUACCUGAGCCCCGGGGAUUACCUGGUGGAGGUGAAUGCCACCAAUCUCAUCAGCUUCUUCAUAGCCCAGCUCACCGUCACCGUCAGAGUCCUGGAGUGCGAGGAGCCGGAGGUGGAGCUGGCCUUGCCCCCCCAGGUAGUCAUGAAGCGAUCCCAGAGGAACUACCUGGAGGCACAGAUUGACCUCCGGGGGUGCAUCAAGUACCAGACAGAGCACCUGUGGGAGAUCUACCGAGCACCCAGCUGCAUGGACCUGGACGACUCCAGCAGGAUCCGGCUGCCGAACGUUGACGUGAACAGGCCCCAGCUGGUUAUCCCCAAGCUCGCCCUGGAAGUUGGGAACUAUUGCUUCAUGUUUAUUGUCUCCUUUGGAGACACCCCGCUGUCCAAAAGCAUCUUUGCCAAUGUGACUGUGAUCCCGAGCAAGCUGGUCCCAAUCAUCGAUGGGGGGUCGUACCGUGUAUGGUCCAACACUCAGGACUUAAUCUUGGACGGGGAGAAGUCCUAUGACCCGAACCUGGAUGAUGGUGAACAGACCCCGCUGUGGUACGAGUGGUCCUGUACAUACUCCUCCAAGCAGAGCUCGGCUGCAGGGUGCUCUCUGAAUUUCAGUGCCAGUGAAGGAAUUGUCACAAUUCCCAAAGCUGAAUUAGAAGCAGAUGUGGAGUACACGUUCGACCUCACCAUCAGGAAGGGGGGGAUGAGUCCUGAGGCCACCAACCAAACCGUGUUCAUCAAGAGGGGAGGAGUCCCUAUCGUGUCCCUGGAGUGUGUUUCCUGCAAGGCUCAGUCUGUCUACGAAGUCAGCAAGAGCUCCUACGUCUACCUGGAGGGGACCUGCCAGAACUGUCACAACGACUCCAAGCUUGGGAGGUGGGCAGCACACAGCUUUAAGAACAAGUCUCUCGUCCUGGACAAAACAACGACCUCCACUGGGGACACGGGGAUGAACCUGGUGCUGAGGCCAGGGGCGCUGAAGGAUGGCGAGGGCUACACCUUCACCCUGCACAUCACAGACCUCACCACGGGGGAGGAGGGCUUUGCCUCCAUCGACCUGCUCCCCAAUCAGCCCCCCGUGGGGGGAAGGUGCUCCCUGUCCCCCGAAGGACCCCUCAGGGCGCUCAUGACGAAGGUGCACUUUGAGUGUGCAGGCUGGCGGGACACGGAGGACGCGGAGGGCCCGCUGGUGUACAUCCUGCUGGCCUCGCGCCGCCGCCGCGGCCACUUCCACGAGUUCUGCCUCUACAAGGGCAGCCGAGCCGAGCACGGCGCCUUCCUGCCCCCCGGCUUCCACGAGAGCGGCUUCCAGGUGUCCGUGUCCGUCCUGGUGCAGGACCAGCUGGGAGCCACCGUGGUGGCCGUGAACAGCUCCAUGGAAAUUGGCUUACCCGAGGGCUUUCCCAGCCUUUCCCACUGGCUCUACAACCAAACUGACACUGUGCUCCAGGGAUUGGUGAAACAAGGGGACCCUCAGCAGGUCAUUGAGUACUCCCUGGCCCUCAUCACCAUCUUAAAUGAGUACGAGCGAUCCAUGCUUCUGGAACCUGAGGCAGGGAAUGAAUUUGAGCUCCGGACCUGGACUCGCAACAACAUCACAGAGACGCUGAACUCCCUGAAGGUGAACACUGUUGAUGACAUCCAGCAGAUCUCGGCGGCCCUGGCGCAGUGCACGGUGGUGAGCAAAGAACUGGUGUGCAAGUCAUGCCUGACGAGGACCUUGAACAAGCUGGAGACCAUGAUGACCAUUCUGCAGGGGGAGACGACCCAGGGCACCGUGACACCCACCGGCAUCGCCGACAACAUCCUCAACAUCACAGGUGACCUAAUCCACCUUGUCAAUACAGUUUCACAAGAAUCCAAGCCCCAGGAGCUGCUUUCUGAUUCCCCCAACUUGCUGCUGGCUCCCAAAGCCUACAACCUGUCCUCCAGCCUGAUGCGCAUCCUCAUGAAGUCCCGAGUGCUGAACGAAGAGCCCCUUGAGCUGGUGGGAGGAGAAAUUAAGGCCACAGGCAAGAGGUCUGACCCCUUUAACUUGCUUUGCUACGAAAACACGCCAAACUGCCAGUUCUCCAUCCCCCAGGCCUUCAACUCCACCCUUUCCAACCUGACGGAUGUCAUUCAAGUCAUGUUCCAGGUGGACUCCAAUCCUUUCCCCUUUGGUUACAUCAGCAACUACACCGUGUCCACAAAGGUGGCCUCCAUGGAGUUCCAGACACACAACGGGGUGCAGAUCCCCAUCGGGAGCCUGGACUCGGAGAAAGCCAUCACUGUGAUGGUGUCAAACAGCACAGAUCCCGACAACCUCGCUGCCGGCACUGAAGUCAUCGAGCCGAGGACGUCUGUCAGCCUGAUUGUGAGCAUGGAGAGCAACAACAGAGAAGCAGGACUGCACUUCCAGCUCACCUACAGACUCCUCAAUGAUCACUACCUUGCCAGUGAGCCUGAGCCGUUCAUCAUGGCCUAUCUCCAUCACGAGCCCGAGCCCAACGAGCACAACUGCACUGCCUCCAAGAAAAUCGGCCUGGAUGCCCUGGCUGGAAGUGACCACAAGCUCUACACCUUCUUCACCUCACCUAGAACGGAUGAUCCCAUCCAGAGAUACUACCUGAACAUCACCAACCACUUCAGCUGGUCUGCAGUGGAGGUGACGCUGGGGCUCUACACGUCCCUGUGCCAGUACUUCAGCGAGCGGGAGAAGCGCUGGAAAACAGAAGGGAUUGUCCCCCUGGAGGAGACCAGGCCAGACCAGGCCGUGUGCUUAACCCAGCACCUCACUGCCUUUGGGGCCAGCCUGUUCGUGCCCCCAAACUCUGUCCAGUUCAUCUUCCCUGCCCCAGGCCCGGGUCUGAACUACAUCGUCCUGCUGACCUGUGCCGUGUGCUUUGUGACCUACUCGGUGGCUGCGCUGAUCGUGCACAAGCUGGACAUGAUCGACCUGCACCGGGUGGGAGUGAUUCCCUUCUGCGGGAAGAACGGGAUGUACAAAUACGAGAUCCUGGUGAAGACAGGCUGGGGCAGAGGAUCAGGUACCACGGCCCACGUGGGGAUCGCCCUGUACGGGGUGGACAACAAAAGUGGUCACAGGCACCUGGAUGGAGACAACGCCUUCCACCGCAACAGCCUGGACGUGUUCCAGAUCGCCACGGAGCGCAGCCUCGGCAGCAUCUGGCGCAUCCGCAUCUGGCACGACAACAAAGGACUCAGCCCCUCCUGGUACCUGCAGCACGUCAUCGUGCGGGACCUGCAGAGCAGCAAGAGCUACUUCUUCCUGGUGAACGACUGGCUGUCGGUGGAGAGCGAGGACAACGAUGGCAUGGUGGAGAAGGAGGUGUUUGCUGCCAGCGAGACGGAGCUGAGGAGCUUCUGGCGGAUCUUCGUGGCGGAGCUGCAGCGAGGCUUCUUCGAGAAGCACGUGUGGCUGUCGCUGUGGGACCGCCCGCCCCGCAGCCGCUUCACCCGCGUCCAGAGAGCCACCUGCUGCUCCCUGCUCGUCUUCCUCUUCCUCUGUGCCAACGCCGUGUGGUACGGCGUGGUGGGCAACGUCCACCUCAGCAACGUGGCCGUUUCCAACCUGAUCCCUGUGAGUGUGGACACGGUGGCUGUUGGUCUGGUGUCCAGCGUGGUGGUUUAUCCCCUCUACCUGGUCAUUUUAUUUCUCUUCCGGAUGGCUCGUGGCAAGGUCUCCAUCAGCCACACAGUGACUCACUCAGACCAGCAGUCCUUGGAGAUUGACAACUACCUGGACUCCUCAAUCCUCGACAGCUCCUUCCCCACCUUCCCCGGGCUCCAGGCAGAGGCCUUCUCUGAGCAAACCAAAACAGAUCUGUUCUUGGAGGACUCCAAAAGCCUGGUGCGAUGGCCCUCCAGUGAGGCCCUGCUCAGCUGGCCAGACCUCCUCAGUGACCCCUCCAUCAUGGGCAACACCAUCCAGAAGCUGAAGAGAGGCCGGGCCAGCCGCCACCUCGGGCUGGAGGCCCCGCUGGCCACCGAGGAGGACAGUUUGUCCCUCGGCAUUCACCAGGGACAGCCCCGGUACUUCUCUGCCUCAGACGAGGAUCUGAUCCGGCAGAUCCUGGCGGAUGGAGCCAGCGGCAUCUCCCACUCCCAGGACCUGGGGCCGUACAUGAGAGCUGAAACAGAUCUGAUCUCAGGCCUGUCCAGCGUGUUCGGGGAGAAGGUGGAGACUGUCAUGAUGCAGAAGCUGAACGACAAAGGGCAGAGCGUGGCAGCUCCUCCCAGAGAAGUGAGCAGAUCAGCCAAGUCCACGUGGACAGUUGCAGACCAAACGUUCAGGAAGCGCCUGCUCCCCCCCUGGUGCUCCUACCUGGCUCAUGGCAUCAGCCUCCUGCUCUUCGCCACCUCCACGGGGGUCUCCGUGUGGAUCGGGGUGGGCUUUUCCUCCAGCGUGGCCCUCAUGUGGCUCAUCUCAGGGAUAUUCAGCUUUCUGGCAUCCUUCCUGGUCUGGGAGCCCCUGAAGGUGCUGCUGGAGGCCCUGUACUUCUCCCUGGUUGCCAGGCGCCUGCACCCCGAGGAGGACGACACGCUGGUGGAGCAGCCCUGCGUGGAACACGUGUCGGAGAAGAUCAGCAAAGUCCGUCCCCCGCAGGGCUUCGCCCUCUUCCAGGCCAAGGAGGAGGCCAGGAAGGUCAAACUGCUGCACAGGAUGCUGAAGAAUUUCCUCAUCUACAUGAUGUUCUUGCUGGUGAUCCUGCUCACCAACUACGGAGACACGUCCCGCACCAGCCGGGCCUUCCUCCUGCAGAGCUCCAUCAAGCAGCAGCUGGGCAGCAACGAAUUCCUCCUCAUCAAGAGGUCGGAUCAGUUCUGGCUCUGGAUGUCGCGGGUGUUCCUCCCGUACCUGCACAACAACGGCUCGGGCCAGGAGAGCCACAGCACCACGCUGGGCACGGCCCGGCUGCGCCAGCUCCGCCUGCAGGAGGCUGAGUGCCAUGCCCAGGACAUCCUACCUGGCAUGGGCAGGGCCCAGAGGAGCUGCACUGACCAGCACAGCUUUGCCACCGCUGACUACGGCACGGGCUGGGAGAGGGCAGGCGGGAACGUGACGGCAGCGUGGGCCCACUCCCCACCCGACCUGGCAGGGAUCUGGUACUGGGGUUACAUGUCCUUCUACGACAGCAGCGGGUACGUGCAGGAGCUGGGCCCUUCACUGGAGGAGAGCCGGGCCCAGCUGGACUUCCUGCAGCAGCACACAUGGAUCGACAACAUGAGCCGGGCAGUGUUUGUGGAGCUGCUGCAGUACAACCCCAGCGUGGACCUGCACGUGGCCAUCACCCUGCGCCUGGAAUUCCCGGGAUCCGGCCAGGCCAUCGCUGCCCUCACCAUCAGCCCCUUCCCGCUGCUGCGGCUCAGCGGGGGGGUCACGCUGCAGCUCCUCAUGAUGGUCUUCCUCAUGAUGUUUGUGGUUUACUUCGUGGUGUCGGAGUCGCUGUCCAUCAAGAAGGAGGGCAGAGCCUACUUCACCCACUGGGGCAACUACGGCCAGUGGCUCUUCAUCCUGCUCACCACGAGCACCGUGGUGGUUCACCUCAGCCAGGUCACCCUCGCUGACCAGCAGUGGCUCAAGUACCUCAACAACCGCAGGGGCUUCACCAACUUCUACCAGGUGGCCUUUCUCAGCUCCGUGUUCAGCAGCCUGGCCGCGUCCCUGCUCUUCCUGCUGACUGUGCAGGCUGCCAGGCAGCUGCGGUUCGUCAGGCAGUGGUCAGUGUUCGGGAAGACCUUCCAGAAGUCGGCCAAGGAGCUCGUGGCUGCAGGGAUGGCCUUCGCCCUCCUCCUCCUGGCCUACGCCCAGCUCGGCUUCCUGCUCUUCUCCUCCUCCUCCGAGUCGUUCCGCAGCGUGGGCAGCAGCCUCCUGCUGCUGCUGGCCCUGCUCCGGGGCAGCGGGAGCCUCCGGCCCUGCCUGCCCGAGGCCUCGGGGCUCUACUGCCUGUUCUGCACCAGCUACGUGGCCCUGGAGGUGUGGGUGGUGCUGAGGCUGCUGACGGUAGUGCUGAUCCACAGCUACCGCGAGAUGCACUUCGAGCUGUACCGUCCUGCCUUCGAGCCCCAGGACUAUGAGAUGGUGGAGCUGUUCGUGCGCAGGCUCAAGAUGUGGAUGGGCUUCAGCAAGGCCAAGGAGUUCCGGCACAAGGUGAGGUUCGAAGGGAUGGAGCCGCUGCCCUCCCGAGACUCCAGUGACUCCAAGUCCUUCCGGGGCCCCACUCCCAGCGCCGCCUCCGACAGCUCCAGGGCCUCCACGUCCUCCAGCCAGCUGGACGGGCUGAGCCUCGUGCUGAGCACCCGGGACAGCCUGGAAGUGGACGCCGACAUCCAGCGCCUCCUCUCGCUCUUCGAGAUGCUGCUGGCCCAGUUUGACCGUGUCAACCAGGUGACAGAGGACGUGUCGCGCAUCGAGCUGCUCCUGGAGGGCUCCCGGAGCCGCCGCUCCCGCAGGAGGCUCCGCGGCCCCGAGGCCGGGCCGGGCAGGGGCUGUGCGGGCGGCUCGGAGCAGGGACCCUCCCCCGAGGUGUCGGACACGGACGUGCAGCCCCCGCUGUCCCCACGCGGGGCCGGGGCCGUGCCGGGCAGCCGGGGCUCGGUGCCCAGCCGGCUCCUGCGGGCGAGCCGAGGCGCCAGCGCGGUGGCCCCCGGCAAACCCUGCCCUGCGGCCGCACCGGCCGUCAGGAGGAAACGGCCCCUCCGCGCCAAGAACAGGGUGCACCCCACGGUCAAGUAACGGGGUGUGGGAGCAAUGCCCGGGCAGGGCACGGGGAGGGGUUCUCCCAGGGUGGGCUGUGCCCGCCCUGCAGCCUCGGGAGCUGCCCGGCGGCUGGGCCGGCCGGGACACACGGGGUUCUCCCGCCACGCCGCUGGCAC